AUGGAGGGAGAAACUCCUCUACAUUUCGCCCUUAAAGAAGAGAAAACCGACAUUGCUGAAGAUAUGGUGCUGAGUGGAGCGGAUUUAAAGGCGAAGCUUGGCGAGGACAACCUUCUGCACUACUGCAUCAAGUUGAAUAAACUGAGGAGUGUCCAAUUUGUUCACGAACAUGAUGGCGAGCAAAUCGAAGAGAAAGGUCAGGAUGGGAAAGUUGCCAUUCAAAUCGCGGCUCAGUUGGCGGACUUGGAAAUAUUCGAGUGGCUCAAUUCAAUUAUCAAAAGCGAUCUUAUAAGAAUGGAAGAUCAACCGGAAGACAUGGAAGAUCAACCGGAAGACAUGGAAGAUCAACCGGAAGACAAGGAAGCAAUGGCCGUUAGAGAAAAACUGGUCGAAAACGUUUCUGCCGGUGCCUCAAGGUUAAUUCUCGCGGCUUUGAACUCUGACUGGCAAGAAUGCUUCGAUAUUUUGAAGGACAGCAAAAGUUUCGAAGAGACGUCAAGUGUCCAAGAGACCUCAAUUAAAAAAGAUACUCGUACUAUAGAGACGUCUGCUUUCGGAUGCACGUUUCUCCACGCAGCUGCUUUGAACAAGGAAAAGGGAUUCUAUAUAAUCUUGUAUUUGGCACCACACUCGAAAGGCGUGGAUAAUAAAGACUUGAACGGAGAUGAAGCGAUUCACUAUGCAAUCAUGGUGAAAAACCUCAACAUAGCGGAACUAUUGCUUUGGUUCCGCAGUUACGAGAUGAAUUUGAUGAAUUUGAUGCAUUUGCUUGUGGAGCAGAAUAGACUGGAGCUUGCGAAAACAGUGCAUGAGUGGAAAAAGGAUCUGAAUAACGAACUCGACCCUGAAGGCAGGAAUGCUCUACAUUUGGCGGCGGAGUACGCAGGCAAGGAUAUGUCCAGUUGGCUAAUGGAUGAAAAUGUCUUCGACGUGAAUGCCAAGAGUAGAUCGGGAGAAACUCCUCUACAUUUUGCCCUUAGAGCAGAAAAAACCGACAUUGCUGAAGAUUUGGUGCUGAAAGGAGCGGAUUUAAAGGUGAAGCAUGGCGAGGACAACUUUCUACACUACUGCAUCAAGAAGAAUAAACUGAGGAGUGUCCAAUUCGUUCACGAACAUGAUGGCCAGCUAAUCAAGGAGAAAAGUCAGAAAGGGAAAGUUGCCAUUCAAAUCGCGGCUCAAUUCGCCGACUUGGAAAUAUUCAAGUGGCUCAAUUCAAUUCUAAUAAAGAGGGGCAAUCCAUUUGCACCAUUGAACAAAAAUGAGAUUCCUCUCAUCCACUGUGCAGCAGAGAAUCAAAAUCACGGACCAGAUAUCAUUGGUUUCCUGUUAAGCAAAGGUGGUGAGUUGGUAAAGAAUACGACCGUGGUCACCGGGGUGGAGGGAACAAAGUGCAUCCUGCGUUGCCCAAUGUACGAAACGCCGCCCAACGGCUGCGCCUGCUCGCUCGAGGGCAAGAUCACCGUCACCUCUUCGACAACAACACCCUGCAGGCUCAGGUUUGCGACCACAUCCUUGCCACCGAGAUGCAACUUUUUCUCUGUGAAUUAA